AUGGGGAGAGAGGCUCGGACAACGCCAGAGCGCAGACGGGGCGCCCGGGGAUCGCCGCGCCACACUCCUGCUCCAAGCCUGGCCGGGGGAGACCCACCCUGGACCGGCCCACUCUGCAGCCCAGGCGACGGUUCCAGCUCCACCCUGGACGUGGCUAAGCCACGCCCUGAGCCGAACAGCCCUGCGCCCCAGCCCCGCCGAGCCGCCCGGGCGCUGGCCGUGGGGAGGAGGAGGAAGAGGCCGUCCCCACGGUCCCCCUGCGAAGAGCCCGACGCCCCGAGCUGGCCCCCGGGGGCGCGCCAGCAGCCCUGCCCCCUCCGCUCCCGUCGCCGGCCGCGCGCCGCGGCCCCACUUACGCCAAAAAGCGCGGCGGCGGCGGCGGCGAUGACCAGCGCCAGGCAACGGCGGCGGCAGCGCCCCGUCCCGCUGCCGCCGGGGGCCCUCCGAGCCUCGGCGUCUCCCAUCUGCAGGGGCGGAUCCCCCCGGGGGGCGCGGGUUCAAGUCCUGCCUGCGGCGUCGGGCGGGCGAGCGGGCCACUCCUGCGCGCUAGCCGGACGCCCCCUCGGCUUGCUGCGGGAUGCUGCCGCUCAUGAGGUGCGGGCCGCGCCGCCGGGACCUCACGCUGGCCGAGCGCAAAGGGCAGCCCGCUCCGGCCCCAGCAAACUUUUCCUCGCGUCUCCCUCCCCGCCAGCGCCGCCCGAAAUCUCCGCUCCGCCACUCGCCUCCUGGCGCCUCUGCAAACCUGGCCUGGAGUCCGGGAUGGGACGCGCCGGGGAGAGUGGAGCGGGGAGGGGGCGGAGCGCCCCGCCGCCCCAGACCUCGCGUACCCCCGCCCGCCACGGCCGGGAAGGAGGGGGGAGCCGGAGCGCGGCCAGCCAGGCCGGCGCGAGAGUGGGCGAAAGGCGAGGGCUCCCCAGCGGCAGUGUGGAAACCCGACGCCGGCCCCGGGGGGGGGGGGGGCAGACGGCUUGCAGGGGCGGCCGGAGCGAGGCGGAUUCUUCCAGCGCCCGGGCUGCGUCCGGCACGCAAGGCUCUCGCAGGGCCCACCUCAUCCCUUGUCCCUACAAGCCCUGUGGCCAGUCAGCCAACCACACAGACCCCGUGGUCUUUCUGAGCAAGCCCCCGUCAGGCACCACAGCCUCGGACUCCGUCUCCUGGCUGCCACCCAACCUCAGGCAAAGCUCCAAACAGCAGCACUGA